AUGACGUGCAAUGGUGGUGAGAGUGAGGUGGAGUUCAAUCCCAUUUUCGUGAGUGGAAUGAUCCCCAAAUUGGAUUGGAGCACACUGUUUCAGGCGGCUGAUGGGCUGGGUCUUCUCCAGGGCUCACCUGCAGAACUGGUCACAGACUAUGAGAAGAAUGAAGACUUCCUGUGUAAAAUACACAGGGUUUUGCUGGAGGUGAAGGUGCUGGAGGGCUGUCUGCAGUGCCCAGAGACUGGCCAAGAGUUCCACAUCUCCCGGGGGGUCCCCAACAUGCUGCUGGAUGAGGCAUAG